AUGUGCGGCAUUCUGUCAUCCACCACUCAAGAAAAACACAACAUGGUCAUCAUGAAACACAAUCGUGAGAGAGGGAACAGCCCACGGGCUCCAGUUGUUGAGAUUGAAGCUCGAGUGAGUCUGAGUGCUUCUGAAGAUGUUGGUGUUGCCUCCGCUCCUCUUGAGCAAGAACUUGUCAAUGAAGGCAUUGAGCUCGCUGCCUUGCUGACUGGACGGGAAGCUGCAGUGGCUGUUGCCGCCGACCUGAGAGUAGCCAAAGUUGUCCAGCACACCGAGAGCCUCCCACUGCUUCCGGGCAAUUCCCAUGCAGCCGUAGGUCGAGAUCUUACCAAGCCACUCCAUAUCCACGUUCUCCAUGACGUAGAGGGCGCGGGGGGCAAUCAGACCAGCGAGCAAGUGAUGAUCAAAAGGAAGUUGGUUAACGUUGUUGACCUGUUGAAGUUGGGCGAGAACCAGACGUUCUCCUGGACGAUCUGGGUGGAAUCCUGGACAUUCUGCCCGUUGUUCUUCUGCCAUGUGGCAAUUCUCCAGCAGCCCGAGCCGCCAGCGCCUGAUUCCUGGGGCAAGGGCGAUUCUGGGCUCGAGGGCACCGGCCACAAUAGCACCCUUUCCGUUGCGCGAGCAGCCGGUGACACCGAGGCGGGUAGGGUCAAUGCCAGUCUGAGCCUGGGUGAGCUCGAGCGCGUCGACAAUGCGGGAGACACCCCAGGCCCAUGCGGUGAGCGCACCGGCCGAGUGGCUGGACCCGUACAGGUCGUAGAACUUGCCACGGCCGCGGGAAGAGCCGCCCUGCUGCUGGGCAAUGUCGUCGUUAUUGAAGUUGAUGGUGGCCACGCCAGCAGGGACAGGGAGCGACGCGCCAAAGGUGCCAAAGUUGAUAAUGGCCGGGUGCGGACCCGCCCCGGAAGGACGGUUGUUGAUGGAGACGGUGAAGGAAAUGGACUUGCCGCCCUCAGAGACCGAGAUGGAAAGCGUGCUUCCUGA